UCGAAAACUUGCACGGUGAGCGACGCCGUGGAGGAGAAAGACAACGCAGCGAACAAAACACACAAUGGCGACGGCGGCGACAACGGCAGGCGGAACGGGCUCAGGCGGACCGGCCACCGGCCCAGUCGUCGGUGGUACCGCAGUGGGACGAAAGAAAGACGGCGGUCCGUCUACGAAAUUCUGGGAAAGUUCAGAGACGAUAUCCCAGCUGGAGACGGUGCGGCUAUGGAUCGGAAAGCACUACAAGAAGUAUGUCCAGAAUGACUCCCCCUCAAGUAAGUCUUUGGCGGGCUUGGUGGUUCAGCUGCUGCAAUUCCAGGAGGAUGCUUUUGGGCGCAGGGUCAAUAAUCCUGCUCUCACCAAGCUCCCUGCCAAGUGUUUCUUGGAUUUCAAGGCAGGAGGGGCUCUAUGUCACAUCUUAGGGUCUGUGUACAAGUUUAAGAGCGAACAGGGCUGGCGUAGAUUUGACCUGCAGAAUCCCUCGCGGAUGGACAGAAAUGUGGAGAUGUUCUUAAAUGUCGAGAAGAACUUGGUCCAGAAUAACUGCUUAACUCGACCCACUGUGUUCCUGUCAUCGGACAUCGAGCAGAAACAGGCCAGUAAACUCAAAGACAUCAUCAAAAGGCACCAGGGCUCUAUCACUGAAGAUAAGUCAAAGGCCACCCACCACAUUUACCCCUCUCCAUCGCAGCAAGAAGAAGAGGAGUGGCUGCGUCCUGUCAUGAGGAAAGACAAACAGGUGCUUGUGCACUGGGGUCUCUACCCAGACAGCUAUGACACCUGGGUGUCAGCCAGCGAGGUCGACGGUGACCUGGAAGACCCACCGAACACUGACAGACCCUGGAAGGUCCAUGCCAAGUGGGUUUUAGACACGGAUGCUUUCAAUGAGUGGAUGAAUGAGGAAGACUAUGAGGUAGAUGAGAACAAGAAACCAGUAAGCUUCCGCCAGAGGAUCUUCCCCAAGGAGGAAGAGUCUUCCCGUACACCCGAUCGAAAGGAGCGCAAGGCCAAUUCUGCCGGCAAGAAGAGGAGGCGCUCCCCCUCGCCACCCAGCACUCCUGCUGAGUCCCGGAAGAAGGGAGGCAAGAAGGGGAACCCAGGGCCUCACUGGAAGCGACGAGGCCACAGAGGCGAAGAGGAGGACACUGAGGAGGACAUGACCAAGGACUUGGACGACUCCUCAGCUGGUGCCAGCAUGGAGGAGGGCAGCAUGUCCAAGAAUGCAAAUUCAAAGAAAGACAGCGAGAAUACUCCGGUCAAAGGAGGGAAUGACUUGGAUGACAUGGAAGAUGAUUCUGUGCUCUCUGGUGGAAAGGAUGAUGAGGAACAAGGCAAAGGUGAAAUUAACAGACUGAUGGAUGCCAGUGAGGACAAUGUGACUGAACAGACUCACCACAUCAUCAUCCCCAGCUAUGCCGCAUGGUUUGACUACAACUGCAUUCAUGAGAUUGAGAGAAGAGCCCUGCCUGAGUUCUUCAAUGGAAAGAACAAGUCUAAAACUCCAGAAAUAUAUCUGGCCUACCGUAACUUCAUGAUCGACACAUAUCGGUUAAACCCACAGGAGUACCUCACCUCCACCUCUUGCCGCAGGAACCUUACUGGGGAUGUCUGUGCCAUCAUGAGGGUUCAUGCAUUCCUUGAGCAGUGGGGUUUGGUGAACUACCAGGUUGAUGCUGAGAGUCGCCCGUUGCCCAUGGGUCCCCCACCUACACCACACUUCACUGUACUGGCUGACACGCCUUCUGGUCUUAUACCCCUCAACCACCGACCCCCACCGAUUCCUCCUCCACAGCCGAUGCCCAACUUCGCAGACAAAGGCAAAGACAAGCCUAUCGACCUGCAGAACUUCGGCCUUCGCCCCGACCUCUACAAGAAAAACAUCAAGGGUAAAGCAGUCAACACCACCAGGGAGUGGACCGAGCAGGAGACUCUACUGCUGCUGGAGGCCCUAGAGAUGUACAAAGACGACUGGAACAAAGUGUCAGAACAUGUAGGUUCACGUACCCAAGACGAGUGUAUCCUGCACUUCUUGCGGCUCCCCAUUGAAGAUCCGUACCUGGAGAGCACUGAGACAACCCUGGGCCCUCUGGCCUACCAGCCCAUACCCUUCAGCCAGUCUGGAAACCCUGUCAUGAGCACAGUAGCCUUCUUGGCUUCUGUAGUCGACCCCAGAGUGGCAUCUGCUGCUGCCAAGGCAGCACUAGAGGAAUUUUCUCGUGUGCGUGAGGAGGUGCCAGCUGAGUUGGUGGAGGCUCAUGUGAAGAAGGUGCAGGAAGCUGCCAGGAGUACUGGCAAGGUGGACCCCGCCUUUGGCCUGGAGAGCAGUGGCAUCGCUGGAACUGCCCCUGAGGAGCCAGAAAAGACUGAAACUACAGAACCAGAAAAGAUGGACACAGACUCAGACUCCCAGCAGGCGGAUAAGGCUGAGUUGAAGGAUGAGGCAGAAAAGCCCAGUGAGUCUGCAGAGAAAAGCGACAAGACAGAGGCAACAGAAAAGGUGAAGAAGGAGGGAGCAGAGACAUCAGAACGUGAGGAGGAGAAUGAAGAGGGAGGGGAGGCCAAAACAGCUCCAGCAGACAAGGACAAGGAGGAGGCUAUGGAGACGUCAAGUUCAGAGCAGGAGAAAGAUAAGGAGGAGAAGGCAGCUACAGAGGAGGGAGAGGACAAGAGGAAGAAGCUGGAACAUGACAUUGGCGAGGGAAAUAUUGCCACUGCAGCUGCUGCUGCCCUGGCAUCUGCUGCCACCAAGGCCAAGCACUUAGCGGCAGUGGAGGAGAGAAAGAUCAAGUCCCUGGUUGCUCUGCUGGUGGAGACACAGAUGAAGAAGCUGGAGAUCAAGCUGAGACACUUCGAAGAGCUGGAGACCAUCAUGGAUCGCGAAAAAGAGGCGUUGGAGCUUCAGAGGCAGCAGCUACUCACCGAGCGUCAGGCGUUCCACAUGGAGCAGCUCAGAUACGCAGAGAUGAAGGCGAGGCAGCAGAUGGAGCAGCAAGCCGCUGCUGCAGCUGCUGCCGCUGCCCAGGCCCAAGGACAGGGACAGGCGCCUGGAUCUGGACCCCAAUCUGGGCCCCCUCCUCCAGGAAUGCACCCUGGGGGACCCCCACCACACCAUGGAGGACCUCCCCACCAUGGAGCACCACCAACACACCACGGAGGACCCCCUCCCGGCGCUGCAAUGCACCCUGGUUACCCCCCAAUGGGUCACCACCCCAUGGCCCCUCACCACCCAGGGCAGACUGGGCCGAUGGGACCAGGCCAGCCAAUGCCGGGACGUAUGAUGUCCGGUCCACCCUCUGCUGGCCCCCCUCCUGGUGGCAUGCCUCCCAUGAUGCCCCCACGCCACCCAGGAGCUCCCAAUGGCAUGUACCCUGGCCCACCACCUGCACAGCCUGAAGCGAUGCCUGUGGCUCCCGUGGGUCCUCCAGCGCCUCAGAGUGGACGAGUGGCUGACAACUAAGACCUACACACACAGAUACACACAAAAGCACACACGCAUAAAACUAACUCUGUCUCCGAACAUCAGCCCCAUUUUGAUGGCCUUUGCUACUGGCUCGAUAUUUUCCCCUCAGCACUCAAAACUACCAUAAAUGUCACCACAGGACACACACACAUACACACACUCAGGGUUCAGUGGCAAAGGUAACCCAACUUUUCACACACACGUGCAGACUUCCUCUCAGGGCACAGCAGCCAGGGUUGUCUAGUAAUAAACACUGUUUUCUGCUCCGUUUGACCAGAUGGAAGUUGGAGAGAAUGACCCUGUGUACAGAAAAUGGAACAAGGAGACAGAAACAGAUUUUUUUUUAAAAAUGUCUCACCUUUUUUUCCCCCUCUUUCUAGCGCUGUUUUAAAUGACACUGUAACCCUCCCCGUCUCACAAAAAGAACACACACCUCUUCUUGUCUGCUUCCUCUUUCUCCAGGACAAACACUAGAGGGAGCUAGUGAGACCUGAGGGGCCGGUCAGACAUGCAGGGGUGUGUGUGCUCAGCUGUAACACACAAACGAGACAAGCUAAUUGUUCAGACAAUAACAUGAGUAAAACACACACACAGAGGACCCAGCCUGCUCUCGCUCUUGUCUUGUCGAGUAUCUACCUCUCGCUCCUCUUUAAAUGAUACACUGUAGUUCUGUGUGUGUGUGUGUCUGUGAAUGUGUGUGUUAGACAGAGGGAUGUUUGAUGGUGGUUUGUGCCUUUUUAUACCUACCAAGUUAUUUUCUAUUUCACCUUCUGUACUAGUUGAGUUACAGCAAGUACAAAUUGAAGAAACAAGACAAAAAGCAUGCACAUACAUAGGUAGUGAACAGUGUUUAUUCUCGUAGGUGCAAAAACUAAUUCUCAAUUCUGCAGUAAAGUAGUUUUCUUAUUAGUUUGAUAAAGCGCGUCCUCGUGUCUUGACCCAAACAAACAUGGCAGCUGUAAAUCGUGCUACUUUACUGUGUCCAUGUCGAGGUUUAAGCUGUCCUUCAUUAAGGGGAAAUAUUUAUCACAACAGGAUUUUAAAAGCUUUGUCUUAUUUGUGACUGGAUUUUUUUCAGUUAGAUUUUAAAUCACAAAGCUGGUGUUAUUUGUUUAUGUUAACAAAUCCCAUGAAAAGACCAAAAUGAGUGUCUGUACUUUUUCACCUCCCAGCGAUGGAUGUUAGCGUUUAAACCGGCUCACAAGCUUAAAUUAAUUGUAUAGAAAGGCUACACAUUAAUAAAACGGUAGUUUCUAACAGAUGUUAAUCAAACAGGAGGAGAAAAGUGCAUUAGUUGGGGUCUAUUUUCAGCUGCGGAUUAAUUGUAAUCUGCUGCUCUGAGAAAAAGUAAAGCCCAUGUAUGUGAUUUUUAUUCGUAUUUGAAGAGCAAUUGAACCCUGAAGCACAGAGAAGCCGUCAUUACAUUCUUGGUUUUGGUCUUUUAUUGCACGAAAGUUUCAGAUCUGAUUACAUGAAGAGGCACAAGCUGGGGCCUUGGUCCGACCAUCAGAGGAACGACGGCCAUCGUUCCUCCUUCUGUCACACCACCCGCAGCACUGUAACACACACACACACAGAAAUGUAAGCUAAGCUGAGGCGAACACUGGAGGCUGCAUGCACACACCGACUUGGCCAGACCCUGCCACAAAGCACUGGACACACACACUCACACAAUCACACUCACACUCGUAAUCUCCUGCUGACCUUCAGACAGCCUUUACAGGCAGGGAGACGCUGUGAUGCGGCUCGGCUGAAACAUCAGAACAUGACGACGCUCUUCUUCAGCGCAGUGGGCUUCUAGAUGUUUUUAGGUGCUGAUACUGUAGCGAUUACACCCCAACCCCUCUCCUCUGCUCACAGUUUCCUACCGCCUAGUGCUGCCUACCUCGCUAACACCCCCCCUCUCCUCCUCACAUAUUUUUGCAUUGCUUUCCAGCCACUGUAAAACUCAGCAAUAUCCGAACUUCUGUGUAUCAACCCGUUUGUGGUCGGUACACAGAAACACACUGGGCUACUAAGCAAUCAUGACAGUUUGGUCCUGAAAUCCUGGUCCUGUGAUAUUGUAGUAAGUGAAAAUAAACAAGGGGAGCAACCACUGAACGUAGAGCUGAAAUGAUUAGCAAUCAGAAUAUUUUCAGGCGCUAUUUUGCUAAAACCAAUAACUGGCAAACAGUCCUUAGUUCCAGUUUCUUGAUUGAGAAGAUUUAGGACACUGCUUGCUGGUUUUCUUUGUCUUAAAUGAUCAGCAAUUGAAUAUUUUUGGUUUGGACUGUUGGUGGUUUAAAAUUAGACAGUCGAGCUCAACUUUUCACAUCUUCUGACUUUCUUUCCUUUUCUUUUAACCCUGCAGUUGAGAAAAUUAUCAGCGGAAAAAUAUAAUGAAGCGUAGUUGCAGUCUGUUUUGUUCAUUGUCAGUCAGGCGUUUAGUCUGUUUAAUGUUAGAAAACGCUCAUCAAAGUCCAACCAGCAGUUUUCAAACUGAGAAAAAUAAGAAAGUCAGCUUAUAUUUGAUAUUUUUCCUUAAUUGGUGGUAUUGAAAUUUCUUCAUCUGUGCAAAAGCUGUUGGCUAAACAAUCUCAUUCCAUUAGACGCUGUUUUACUCUUCAACACUUGUCAGUGGUCAAAUUGCCAGUUUUUCUGAGCAUUGUAAGGAUUUAUAGUCACCAUUGGCAGAAAACUUUGCAUUGAAAGUUUGUUCUUGACCUUUGAAUCAGCAGUUAACCAAACAGUGGGGAGCUGCUGUCACUGUAGAUGCUCAGAUCUCUGCAAUCCUGCUAAUAAUGUUGACAGGAUUGUUUUGCGAAACUCACAAUACUUUCAGCUCUAUUUUAUAUUCUUAGUUCAUUCCCCUUCCACGUGAUACUUGAAUUAGCUAGAAGUUAAGGUUGACAAACAAGUUAGCUUCAAAUAAACUUGACCUGUCAUCACAGUUGCUGCACAGGUUAAUAAUGAACCCAUUGUAAGGUUGUUUUAACGUGAAAUCUUAACCUGAACUGACUCCUCUCCCCCUUUGCUAGCACUGUUAGUAUCUCUGCUACCUCUUCCUCGUUCAUCCGCUAGCUACCUCUUCUAGAAAUCUUCCUCUUGCUAUCUGCUACCUCUCUGCGCACCCCUUCGCUACCUCUCGUUCCUGUUUCCUUACUUUUCUUUUCCUCUUUGAUCCUUUCUUUCGCCUGCCCACAUGACUGCUGCAUCAUUGCCAUCUUCUCCCAGUCUGCCGGAAGAAGAAAAUCACACGUAUGGUCACUCACUCGCGCUCUCACUCACCGUGCCCUCCUUUCCCAUUCGACAUCUUACCAGGCUUGUUAUGUAAUAUCACUUAAAUAUGACGGGACUCCCCUUACAUAUAUUAUCUUUAUCGAUACUUUUUUGUGUUAAUGGUAAUGUAUUUUUAAGGAGAAGUUUUGUGUAGAUGGAAGUUAUCUCUGUUCUUUGUAGCAUUUGUUUUCCUUUUUUUUAUUUUGUAUGGGGUCUGUUGGUACUUGGACCUAGACACUGUCGAAUAAACUGUUUUGUAUGAGGUUGA